UCGAACCGCCGAAGAGGGUUUGGUACAACCGGGGUCGAGCCUACCUUGUCGCCCCCAGCGGUGACGCUGACAUCUGGCCCCGGGGAGAGCGGCUCCUCGGCGGCGGACAGCGGGUGGAGAAUCUCUGCGAUGUGCUUCUGCCCCGAGCUGGCCAGGCCUCGCGGAGCGCCGACACUCAUCGUGCGGCAGGCGCUGGGGCUUGGCUGGAAGUGGAGGCUAACGGCUGUCCAGUUUACUGUGAGAAUUUAUCACGUAUUUCUUUUUUUCUCGGCUUCUCUGUCUUCUAGUGAAGCCUUGAGCCGCUAUUUGGUCCCAAUAGUGAGCUGAACCCUACGGCGCAGCUGCGGAGGUUAAACGUAAAAAGUCCGGAAGUAAACACUGUCUGUGACACCGAGACGCGGAAAAUGUGUAUUUUGGGUAACGUAAAAUCAUUUUAAUCUAAAAUCGCGAUUAGAAUAUUGCAAUUUUACAAUAUAUGUGUGGUAAAUAUAUACAUAUGUUUUCGUGCGCCAGCAUGAAUAGAAAUUUUAACCUUUUUCUCAUUUUAGUCAGGCAUCAGCACGGACACCUUAUGGGGGGGCGCCCUGAGAAAUCACUAGUCUGGUGUUCUCAACCACAGUGCGCGGGCAAGCGGGAAUGACGGGUGGACAGACAGAAGCAGGCAAAUAAACCAACGACAUACGUUUAUUCACUCAAUUCGUUCAGUGUUUUGUCGGCGAUAUGACUGCCAAUCCUCCAGGACCGGUCUUCCAGAAUAAGGCCCGAGUGCAAAUCCUGGCUGAGUUGGAGAAAGAGAGGAGACGGUUAAUGCAGAGUCAGUCCACGGCCACUCCAGGAGCCAGCAUCCCCUUAUCUCGGCCCAAUAUGAAAGACUUCCGGGACAAUGCAGAGCAGCAGCACAUUGUUGCCCAGCAGAAAGCAGCCUUACAGGACUCGUCAUUCGGUAACCUCAUCCUCCCUGUGAUUCCACGCCUGGACCCCGAGUCGUGACCCUUUGCCAACACCCAGGUUUCAUAUUUAGGCUCUGUGAAAUGUGGACUCUUAUGAUGUGAAGGCGUAAAUCUCAGGCUUUUCCCUGACAUGUUGGAUACACUGUAGAAGACUGUAUACCAUGUAUGCAGUCAUAUGAAUGCAUCAUGAUGACCAUAUAUCGGACUCAUUAUUCCAUACAUAUUUUUUGUAAUGCUGUUUAUAUAAUAAAAUUGUAAUAAAAAAUUCCUGAUGAGCAAGAAGCUUAUCUGUAAAUCUUAAAACAUUCAGUGCGGAUUGGAGCUGUGAUGGACACUUUCACUGGAAGUACACUUGCCUACAAAUCUCAUGAGAACACAUCCACUACUGAUGAUAAUUGCAUUAGGGAUGAUAAUAGUGCUUUAUUUCUGCCUAUCUAUAUAUUUUUUGUUGCACCGACUGCACAUUUUUUUUUACUCUUUGCUUAUUGUUGAUCAGGAAGUCAUACAAACAAGCCUGACUCCAGCUUUACUGUCCUGCAGUCAAAUAUCAUAUCAUUGAAGGUUGCACUGCACGGAGUGGCCACCAGAUGUCAGCAGUGCAC